UGAGGCCCCACGGGCCGCUGGGAGGGGCGAUAACGGCGUUCCCGGCGAGCAGGCGGAGGGCGGGGGCCGGCCGGAGGAGUGUGGCGGCGGCUCAGAUGUCAUGUGGCCUGUGCUUUGGACCGUGGUGCGUACUUAUGCUCCCUAUGUCACAUUUCCUGUGGCCUUCGUGGUUGGGGCUGUGGGCUACCACCUGGAAUGGUUCAUCAGGGGAAAGGAAUCCCAGCCUGUGGAGGAGGAGAAGAGCAUCUCAGAGCGUCGGGAGGACCGCAAAUUGGAUGAGCUGCUAGGCAAGGACCACACGCAGGUGGUGAGCCUUAAGGACAAGCUGGAAUUUGCCCCUAAAGCUGUCCUAAACAGAAACCGCCCGGAGAAGAAUUAAUAGAGGACACGGGGCCAUAUAGGCCCUUCUGUGGGCUGUGACUGGUGCUGGCCACCAUGUUGACCCAGCUCCAGAACCCACAUCUGAUUUGCUUUGUUGCUUAUUCUGGCCCCUUCGGCACAACCCGGCCACGCACAAACCGCCUGCUCUUUGGUCAGGAAGACACACUAGCGCUGAAAGGCCAAGUGAAGAGGAAGGCCCUGGAGGGUUCCGGCCUGCAGGCUGCAUCUGUUGCGUGGUGGCCACGACCACUGGGCUGCUGGGCGCACUGCUGGAAGUCGUGUUAUGAAGUGGACGUUGGCUGUCUGUCUCUGUGGGGAGGCAGCUGGCCUCAGGCAGCAGUGCAUGGGAUUGGGGUGCUGCCUUAGGAGAGCUCCCACACCUCUGGUUCCCGUUUGAAUGGGAAGAAUUCAGAUAUCCACCUGGUUCCCUUCACUCAUUUGCCCUGCCCUUUGUGCUCGCUUUCUGAAAUCCUGCCCUCCCAGCUCAGGAAGUGGGGGAUUCCCUUGGGAAGGAGAGCACUUUUCUGUUCUUGGCAGCCCAGGCGCUUCACCUCGGGGCGGGUGAAUUUGCUUGAAAAUCACCAUCUUCCACCUCCCGUCACUGUGUAGUGCAAAAGAUGAUUAAAGUGGCAUCUGAGAACCAUAGUAAUCUAAUCCGAUCUUCCAGGUGGUGGUUGGGGUCUCCUUAGGAGUUAUGCAAGUGCAGGCAUUUCAGGGUGGGAUAACAUUGGCCCUUAACCGGGGACUCCAGGGUCCUGGAGCUUCUUUUUAUUGGUGUGGUCGCACUGGGUCCUGGAGGCCUGCGUUCUGGAGGCGCAGGUUCCCAGGAGCUUUUCUAUUGUGAUGUUAAGAGGCUUAUUGGACCUUUCAAAAAUCUAAGAGCAGACCAGGAACCUUAACAGUUAUAAAAUUUUCCAAUUUCACAAACACACCCUUUUCCCUACAAAAGUAACGUAUGUCCUUUAAAGAGCAUUGGAGAGGGAUUUUUAAGAAAAGGGCUCUAGUACAACUCCCAGAACCCUUAACACAAUUAAAAGGCUACCAUUUUGUUACGUUUUUUUAACAAUUCCCCUAUUGCUAGUGGGCAUUUGGAUUGUUUCUGACUGUUCAUUGGCAUAAAUAGUGCAAUGAGUAUCUUACAUGGGUAUAAGGCUUUUCCUGCGUUUUGGACUAAAUGGUGGGAAUAGUAAAUGGCAUUUUGGGUGGAAUGGUAAGAACAAAUUUAAGCAUCUCAACACAUUAUACCAAAUGUCUUUCCUAAAGGGCUGUAGAAGUUUAUACUAGAAGCUACCACUUAAGGUGCUGCCGGUGAGAUUGGAAGGGGAGUGAGAGCAGAGGGCAGGAGGAGGCAGAAGAACCUAUUGCCUCAUGAAGUCAACUGACAGUUAACCUAAGUGAGCUUUCAAAGACGGGUAAUGUGCAUUUGAUGAAGAACUAAGUGCCUUUAAAAAGGGAAAGGGUGUGUACCUGCUUCGUAUCUCAGGAUCUGAGGCCUGAUGGUGCUAACAGGUGAUGCAGGUAGAAUUCCUGAACAGGUUGGGGCACUAGCUGUGGAAUGAGAGGAGCUGGGAAGAUGUGGGAGGUGGUGGCUAGAGAGGAGGAGGAGCCAGUCAGGUUGCCAAGGCCUAGAGGGAAUGUUGACAUGAGCUGCUGUUGCUUUUCUGGGAACAGAUCGGAUGGGGAGAAUGGGGAAGGAGUGUCUGCUACUGAAGCAAGGAUGGAGCUUUUCGUUUUGAAAGGAUAUGCCAGGCUGAGCUUGGUUACAGGCUCUGCCUGAUGGGCAGGCACUGGCAGACCAGUUCUCCCCCUUGUGGCAGGCCUGAGCAUGACCAAGCCUGGCAUCGCUUCCCUGGGCUUAACUAGGAACAGCAAAUGGGGGUGCUUACAGGGGUCAGUCAGGUGGCUCAAAUGAUUGCGCCAGGCCAGGAACUGGAAAGCGCAGGUCUGCCUAAAGGGGGCAGUCACUACUCAGCAUCUUCCAAUUUCUGCUGCUGAUACCAGAUUUUUUUAGGAUUUUUGCGCAUGUGUUUGUGUGUAUAUGUGGUCUUCUGAUUUUUAAAUGUUGAUUCAUUUAAUUUUUUUAAUCCUUACCCAAGGAUAUGUUUUUAUUAUUUUCAUUGAUUUUUAGAGAGAGAGGAAUAGAAGAGAGAGAGAAAGAAGUACCAGUGUGAGAGAAACAUCUAUUGGUUGCCUCCCGUAUGCGCCCUGACUGGGGAUUGAACCUGUAACCUUUUGCUGCAUGGAACAAUUCUUGAACCAACUGAGCCACCCAGCCAGGGCAACAAUUCAUUUUUUAAAAAUGUUCUAAGCAUGCUAGCAUACCCAUGGGGUUAAUUGGACCUAUUGGCCGCCAAUUUGUGACUUCUCAUCUGUCCCUCUCCUCUUAAUUGAGUGAUUAAUUAUUUGGCAACCUAACGAUUUGUGGCAAAUAUUAGAUCCUAGGAGUGGUUACCCUUGGAACAGUUUUGAGCAUAUUGCACAAACGUAGGGUCAGCCUAAGCAAAACAUUAGCGGACAGAAAAAGCUACACAAACACCAAAAAGUUUUUUCCAUAGAUAGACUAAGACAUUGUGGAUUUUCAGAUAUUUUAGAAGAUUCCUGUCACUGCCGGUGUAUCUCCUCCCAGGGCCUGACUGAGGAAGCCCUUUCUUUGGAAACCCAAGUUGCUCCCUCUUCCAGGCUCAUGUUAGUUAUGCCCUCUUUUAAAUAACUUCGUUUCCUAGGUCUUGCCCUCACUGAAUCUCUGCUUCCAGCAAGUCUAUUAAUAUUCUCGGUGAGCUUUCUUUCCCACGGCUGGCUGAGAUCUGCUGCAGUAAGAGCAUGCAUGCUUUCUUGUAUGCUAGGCGACAUGAAGUGGCAGGGUGGAA